GUGGGGCAGAACACAGUGGGGAAGGAUGGGUUGCUGGCUGCCCCGGCAAGUUUGGCUACAGGGCUGGAUGGCUGCAAACCUCAGAGGAAACUAAUUUUAAUUACCCAAGGGGGUGGGGGCAGGUUUUGGGCGUUUUGCUUUCCUUUUGCAGCUUGACUUUGGAGCUGCACGGCAGCACUUUGUAAUGUGCGGACGUGUCCAGCACCCUGACGGCAGGCCAGGGGCAGCCCUGAGCAGCAGGAUUCCGCCCAUUGGGUAGCAGUGGUCAGCCCAAAAACCCCUGUGCCUUGUGGUCAGGGAGUUGGGGAGCAGUGCAGCCCAGCCAGGGGGGCUCCCAGCAGAUGUGGGGGGCAGUGGACGCAGAGCAGGGGCUGAUCUUCCCCCCGUGCCCUCCCUGAUCUCCAACCCCAAUUCCCACCUUUCCCUGGCACAGCAAUGGAGCAUGUCAUCCUUCUCCUCUUCAUCUCCCUCUUCUUCCUCUGCCGAGCCCAAGGACCCCUGGAGUGCUGGGAACAAGCCGUGUCUGCCAAUGGAGCGCUGCACCUGCAGCUGGAGAAACCCCCGCAGGGAUGGACAAAGGUCACAUGGAGAGUGAGACUGGAUGUGGGAUACCAGCAGCAGAUCCUGACGGUUGAGAAGUAUAAAGCUGACCUAUUCUCCAACAGUACUUUUUUUGGGAGAGCUGUUUUCCAGCAGGAGACCUUCUUCCUGCGGAUCAGCCCGGUUAGCACAGCAGACAGUGGGGUCUAUGAGGCAGAAUUUGAGGACACAUCAGGCACCUUGACUACCCGGUGCUUCCGUGUGUCAGUGUGGGAGCCCGUCCACUCGCUGCACCUGGAGACACACAUCCUGGACUGGGAACAGGGCUGGUGCAACCUCUCACUGGUCUGCACUGUGUCUGGUGCUGGCAACGUCUCCUACAGCUGGUCCUGCAGUGGGGAUCCCUGGGGAGCCCUGGAGCACCAGCCCUGGCUGCACCUGCAGGUCCAUGGGGAUGCCAACCCCACCGUCUGCCGCUGCAACGUGAGCAACCCGGUGAGCUGGAGCACAGACAGCACCAACAUCACAGCAGCUUCCUGCCAAGCUGUGGCCUCAGGUGUUUCCUUGUCCUACUGCAGAGUGAAAGGGCUCCUCUGGCUGCUGCUGCUGGGCAGCCUGGUCGCAGCCGUGGCCAUCACACACGUCCUCGUCUGGCAGCGGGGAUCCCCUUCCCACCGUGCUCCCGGCUCUUCGGGUACUGGGUAGGACCCCUCAAAGGGGGAGCCUGCAAAGCAGCCACUGGCCCCCACCCCACUUUGUGCAUCACAUCAGGCCUCAAAACUCCCUAACAAAUGAUCUGCUUUUAACUGCAGAGAGCUGCUAACCCGCCUGAGCAUGGAUUAAAGAAAAAUCUGCUUCUUU